AACCACACCUCAACCCAACUGCACUGAGCCAAACACAGGUCUCUGUGGAUCGUCAUGUUACAAUCCGAGGUACUUUCGCUGCUGUGAGAGAAACCAGGGAAAGUCUCAGAGGCCCUUGGCAGGCCAAUUGGAUGAUGCCUCAACUGUGUAUAACCCACGGACACAUGUCUGUUGGGAUGGCUUUGUAUCUGAGUGGACACGUUGGAUUGAACAAUCUGAUGCCUCCCCUGGACAACACUGUUGCGGGAAAGAAGUCUAUUGCCCUAAUAAAGAGAUCUGCUGCGAUGGACAAAGACAUGACAAAAAAGAAAACACUCACUGCUGUGGGGGGGAAGCCUACGACAUUAAAGACCCUCAGAUGAAGUGCUGCACAGGAAAACUGCACAACCUGACCCUGUUAGGCCGACCUGGACAUGACGUGCAGUGCUGUGGAUCCAUUCUGCAAUCCUCACAGGAUGUUUGCUGCUCGAGUGAAGACAAGGAGGUGCUUUACUUUGCCAAGACAGGAUUUUUUUGCUGUGGUCACCUCUACUACAACACCUCUAUGUGGUCAUGCUGUGCAGGGAAGCUGAGCCCAGUACACAAAGCGGGACAGCAUCAGAACGUGACCAUUAAAGAAUCCACACUUCUGUCACUAAACAAUCUGAAUGAAUCGUCUCUUUGCAAUGCAAUGCAAAUCGGUACCAUUGAAAGUGUGUCUCCGUGCAGCAACGUGUUCAGCAAUGUGCUAAAAAUCCAUGGAAGAAAUGCCUCGGUGCAACCUCUGGUCUCACCUUACAUCCUGCAAACACCUGACCACUGCAGCGUCCCUAAACUGAUCCCUGGGAACAGCUACUUCUUUAAUGAAGAUAACGUCUUCACAGAUUACAACCAUAACUCUGUUCUCCAGUCGCUCUAUUUUAUUUUUUCCAAGUGUUAUCGUCCUUAGCUCACCACUGUUACCUGUUACUCCAUCAGUUAAUCUGUUAUUUUGUACUCGGUCUGACUCACACUGGAUGUGAAGUCUGCCACUCCCUAUUUCAGAGGGCUUUCUCCUCUCCUUUAUUUUGCUAGGGCACUGCAAUCACUGCAUCCCAGACUUAAUGCCACCCAAGACGAUUGUGAUUGGUUUAAAGAAAUACAGACAUGCCAUGAGAUUUUUUUCCCCUAUCCUUGAAUGAUAAGCAGCAAAACUUUUCAUUAACAUAUUUUCCUCGCUCACUGGUGCUUUACCAAACAAAUUUGCAGUCAAAUUACCAGAAAAGCUAACUUUUUUGUCCUGUCUGGUAGCUGCGUGCAAGAAUUAAUGUGUAAUUAAUAUGUAGCUUAAUUUUUACACAAGCUGAACAGUUAUCAGCUAACAUGUUUUUUUCAGAAUAUUAUGACAGUCUGUUGUUUUUUUCACUCAUGCACCCUUUUAUUUUAUUUUAUUAUUUUUCAUUCUUGCACUUAACUACUACUAUAAACGGCAACUGUUUGCACACAUUUAAUUUAUGUCGUUUACAUGUAAACGCACCAACGAUACCCUUGGUCGGUUGAUAUCUCUGAACAACUCAGGGGAAUCUCUUCAAAUUUGGCAACUUAGAUUUUAGUGGUCAAAGGGCAAGGUUACAGUGUCCUCACAAAGAUCAUUUUUGGCCCCUCAAGAAUUCCUAUGCUACUUAUAACAUAUUCACACAAAUGCCUAGUAUGAUUAAAUGAUGAAGUAAUGACACUUCAAUCAAAAAGGCUGUAGAUCAACUUUACUGUGACAUCAUAAUGUUCUGCAAAAAUGCUGUUCUUGCUAUUAUUCAGUGCCAUACUCAGGAACAGAAUGGGAGAUUUUGACCAUAUUUAAAAUUUUCUUGGAUACUGAAUUGUUGACACCAAUCUUGGGUGCCCACCUUGAAACUGUGGUGCUUGUAUAGAUCUUCUGUUCUGCUGGGUUGAAGAUGUGUAUGAAGCAUUUAUGUAAUGCCAAAAAUUCCAACAAUACCUUUUUGAAAUUGCUUCUAAGUCUUCACUAUACAUUAUAUGAGUCUAGACAGAUAAAAACUUGACUGGUUGGAGGAGGCAUACAACCACAAGGCAGUCAUUCUAGUUAAUAAGCUUCUCAUUAUUUAUGUAGCUAAUAAUUGAUAAGCUUGUCUUCAAAAACAUCAGAGCUAAAAAUAUGCUAUAUGGACCUAAACGUCCAAUCAUCCAAAUAUUUAGCUGUGGUACAUUAAAGAUUUCUCAAUACUGCAGUUUUGUGUUGUACUGUACUGUACUGUAUGUGAAUGACAUGAAUUUAAGCUUGACAACUUAUUUUCAUUUAACCCAAAAAGAUUUUUUACAUCUAUGUCUAUAAAUCUUUUAUUUGUUAUCUAAUUUUAAGAAAGAUUAUAACUCUCAUAUUGCAUGUUAUUUUUUUAUACACAACAAA